UGUACAGUAUAACAACCUGACUAGUCCUUUACCAGAGCAGUAAAGUAAUGCUCUCAUAGAGCUUAUACAGAGAAAAAGCCUCUGUAAUCAGCAACACCUGCCGGAGGCAACUCAAGCCUCCAACACGGCCUGUUAAUCAGAAACAGACGUAUGCUAGCUGUUUACAUACAGUCUUUCUUACAUAUUUUAAUUACAUGAGUACAUUUCAUAUGUUCAAGAUUUUAAUUUACAAUACUAUGACCUGUUCCAUUAAAAAUACCUUGAGGCACUCCUACACCAUAUAAACUUAGCUUAAAAACAGAUCAGGAGCAGAGUAGGCCGGCUGCUCUCCUGUUGAGCUUCUGCCGCCAGAAAGAGCCCUGCCAGCCAUCACGACCCUUGCGUUUGCUUCGGCCUGCCUCCCGCCUUCACGGAGUUGGCUACUUGCGCAACGGUGAUUUUUGCGCAAGCUGCGCGGUCUUUCCCUAAUGAAUUAAUAGUAUUCUCCCCUUCAGGGAAACAAAGUAGGCAAUUGGCGAUCGAUUCCCAGCCCCAGCGCCGGUAGGGAAGAGAAGUACCGUUCAUCGUUUGUAGGUCGGCGGGGGACGCUAAUUUCACGCUCCAGAAAAGGGAAAGAGCCCUUCAUGCUCCCUUAUGGGGCCGCCUCGGGUUUUUUUUUGGGGGGGGGGCUGACAGAAGCCUCAGAGGAAGCGUUCGCCGCAACAUAAAGGCCCGGGGGGGGGGGGAGAUCACGGCGGCCCCAACAGGGUCUUUUAGAGAAGUCCUAAUGCGCAGCCACACCGCCGCCCGUCUGCUUGUUCGCUCCGUGCGUGCUUGGCCUCUGGCUGACAAAGACCUAACGGAAACCUCUGCCCUGAGAGGAAGGGACGCUCCUGUCCCCCCGCAUGCGCCCGCCCGCGCCCAAGAGAGGUGCACAAAAGCAAUGAAAAGACUAGCUGCCAGGGAGUUGUCGUUCUCCCCCCCCCUCCUCCUCCUUCCGCAGCCUUUCCAGCUGCGGAGUUUGCCCCCUCCUCUCCCUCCGGCCUUUCUCACUCCAGCUGGAGCGACGCCACCAGCGACUCUUCGCGCCGGGCUUUGAGGGCUGAGGGCUGAGGGGGGGGAAGAAUAACAAACAGCUGUUGCUGCCGUGAAGAUGGCGAGCCGCUGCCGCCUCCUUCUCCUCGGGCUGCUCGUCUUCCUCUUGGGACGCCUUGGCUAUUAUAAAGUACAUGGAAUCACAGUUGAAACAGACAACCAACGUGUGACAGCAAGAGAAUUUGAAGGGGCAUAUUUAAACUGCAGACACAAUGCAAAGAAGCAAAGUAAUGCAAGAAUAGAAUGGAAAAAAGUUACAGGUUCUGAUGUUUCAUUUGUUUACUUUCAAGACUCAUUUGUAGGCAAUUUCAAAGGUCGAGCAGAAAUCCUGCAUUCAAGCAUCCAGAUCCGCAAUGUGACAAGAAAGGAUUCUGGAAAAUAUCGUUGUGAAAUAAGUGCACCUUCUGAACAUGGACAAGAAGCAGGAGAAAUUGAAAUCUCUCUCAUAGUGUUUGUUCAACCAGCUGCUCCAAUUUGUGAAGUACCCAUCUCAGCUAUGAGUGGGACAGUAGUAGAACUACGAUGUAAAGAAAAUGAAGGUGUUCCUGCUUCGAAGUACAGAUGGUAUAGGAAUGGCGUUCUUCUACUAGAGAACCCAACAUCGUGGAUGGCUAAAAAAGACAGAGUUCACUAUACUAUGAAUACCACAUCUGGAACUUUGCUGUUCAAUCCUGUUUCAAAGAAUGACACCGGAGAAUAUUACUGUGAAGCUGACAACAAAAUUGGAAAGCCUCAGAAAUGUCCUGUGAAGCGAAUGCAAGUUGAUGACCUUAAUAUAAGUGGCAUCACUGCUGCUGUGGUCAUUGUGGCUUUGAUAAUAGCUUCCUGUGGUCUUGGGGUAUAUUAUGCACAAAACAAGGGCUACUUUUCAAAAAGAAAUUCUUCAGUCAGGGAGAAGAUGUCUAAGUACAAAACUAAAGCAUAUGAAAAGGAUUUCAAGCAUACAAAGUCAUUUGUUAUUUAAAGGAAAUAUCUUAUUGGAGAGUCACCAAAUGACCAUUUGAUGCCCAGAAAAUGAUGAAAGAAAUGCUUAAACUCUUUUCUGUAAAUAUGAAGAGUGAUGCACACAAAAAGCCAACAGCACUGCAAGGCACUGCUACAAGUUGACAUAAAAUUGUCAACAACUGUUUCAACAUGGCUUGACAAUUUCUAAUGAAAAGGUGGUAGGAAGAACACACCAAUGUACGGUUUGUCUGGUAGUGUAAUGUACUCAAUGAGAGCACUAAGCAAGGAGAACUGAUGAACUAACUGAACUGUUUCCAUAUUACUGUAUUAUUACUAUUAUAUUUUAUGGGGAAAAGGUUCUGUGGUGCCAACAAAGGUGGAAAAUAGGACUGGUUCAUCUUUAAAAAAAUUUUUUUUAAAUGGUUUGGGCACUUUCUAAAUUGGGGAAAAAAGAAGAAUGGGGGCACAGCCAAGCUUUAUUAUAACACAUUUGGCAUGGAAAAAGUAGACGUAGGAAAGGCUUUUUAAAAAUCUAUUAUAACAUUAGAACAUAAAUUAAUGGAAAUAGCUCUCAUGCCCCCAUAAAAUGAGGUAACCCACUAGCACAGAUUGCUUAAAUGGAAAUGUGGAUGACAGGGCUGUCAGUGAUUAUUAGUAUGAUAGCAUUGAAAUCCAUUUUAGGGACCACAUGCUUCCAGAUAUCUGUUGCUGAGUAGUAGCAGCAGACUUCCAGUGGGCAACUUUGGAAACAAUAUUGGAUUACAGAGGCCUUUGGGCAGAUCCAGGCCUCUGAUCACCUGAUUUUGUCAGUGUCAUGUACUAUACUCCCAUACUGAGGUUGGGAUUUGGCUUUGUUUUAGAGAGAGCUUGUUCUUUUUUCCAUUGUCAAGAAUAAAAUAGGACAAAACUAUUACCAAUAUUGGUGAGGAAAGAGAGGGAACUCCAACCAGCCACCUUCUGUGAAUGGCUGAGUUGUGCGCUGUCUGCUGUUAGCGCCGUGUGGGUGGAGGAGCCGUGACGUCUUCACCUGGACAUUGCUCUCUGCUUAGCUCAUAUUUGGCCUAGUGGCUGGCCAUUUGUGGAAAGCCUGCUUUUUUGCCUACUGCCAAGAGCACCAGAAUCACGGCUGGCAGAUUAGGCACAAGAAUGAAUAUCUGAAUCAUAUGUGAAUGCCUGACCCUAGCAAGAUGUAAACUUUAUUUAAACAUGUUUGAAAACAAAUUUGAAAGGUAGGUUUUUGUUUAUAAUUACUCUGUGACAUUCCAGAUUUUCUGUUCACAAGUUGGAUCAGAAAAUGACUAUUUGUUUAAGUGCCUUGAGAUUGUCUAAUCAUUUAUCAGUGAUCAAAUAUGCAGGUAUAUGUUUGCUGAAAUGUGAUGUGUCUUUACCACUGUUCAUUUAAAAAAUAAGUCUUGCUCUAAAAACCUUGCA